CCCGGUAGAGCAUCAACAUCAUAAGAGAGAGGGGGGAUCCUACAGAAGACCUUUUGAAUCGCAGCCUUGGUCGUUAAACGGCUGUUAUCAAUUAUUUUGAAGUUAACGGAUAAAUUAAAUAGGAUUUAAACAUGACAUUAAGAGGGCCACUGUGUCGUCUCCUACGGACGCAACUCAACAAUACCUGUCAGAGCAGAGCGCAUUCUGUGGCUGUUUUAGGAGCACCAUUCUCAAAAGGACAGAAAAGGGGAGGGGUGGAAAAUGGACCCAAAGCCAUCAGAGAUGCUGGUCUGAUCGAGAGACUUUCACAUCUGGAUUACCCAGUGCAUGACUUCGGAGACCUGAGCUUCCAGUAUCUGGAGAAGGACGAGCCCUACAUGCACGUCCCCUUCCCUCGCACUGUGGGCAGAGCUAACAAACUGCUGUCAGGGGCCGUCAGCAACGCGGUGGGAGCCGGACACACUACCAUCAUGCUGGGAGGAGACCACAGCCUGGCCAUUGGUUCAGUGGAAGGCCACGCCAAGCAGUGUCCUGACCUGUGUCUGAUCUGGGUCGACGCCCACGCUGACAUAAACACGCCCUUCACCUCUCCCUCAGGCAACCUCCACGGACAGUCGGUGGCCUUCAUGCUCAAAGAGCUGCAGAACAAGAUGCCAGAGCUCCCAGGGUUCUCCUGGGUGAAGCCCUUCCUGUCGGCUAAAGACCUGGUCUACAUUGGCCUGAGAGACGUAGACCCGGGAGAGUACGACAUCCUGAAGGACUUGGGUGUCCAGUACUUCACAAUGAGAGACAUCGACAGGCUCGGCAUCCAGAGAGUCAUGGAAGUCACUUUCCACCACCUCUUGUCAAGGAAGCAGCGGCCGAUCCAUCUGAGUUUUGACAUUGAUGCGAUGGACCCGUCUUUGGCCCCCGCCACAGGAACACCAGUGAACGGAGGACUGACCUACAGAGAAGGAAUCUGGAUCACAGAGGAGAUCCACAACACAGGGUUGUUGUCAGUGAUGGACCUUGUUGAGGUCAACCCAGACCUGGGGGCGAGUCGUGAGGCGGUGGAGAGCACCGCUUCCAUGGCGGUGGACGUCAUCGCAUCCGCCCUAGGGCAGACCCGCGAGGGAGGUCCCAUCACUCAGGAGUCACAAACGCUUAAAGAGGACACGGAACAGCUCCGGCUCUAGAACACACAGCGUCUAGAACACACAGCGUCUAGAACACACAGCUUCUAGAACACACAGCUUCUAGAACACACAGCUUCUGGAACACAUUUCAACAUGUGACCACUUGGCAUUCCUGAAUUCCAAAAGACUUUACAUACACACACUGAUGCAGUAGUUGGAAAGUGUUUUGUUACAUCUUCUGUGUGUAUGGUGCUGUAUGGCAACCUGUCCAACAGACAGUCAAACUUCAAUCAUGACUGAACUUAUAAUAACUAAUAAGCCCAAUUAAAGGCUUUAUACGCCUUAUUUACUAAGAUGACUUGAAAAACUUAGCCUGGGCCCAGAUCUUUGCUAUCAUAUCAUCUGUUUGGCAGGACAAGGAAUCGCACAAAAUAGUCACACAAACAGACUGGUACCCAGGCUAUAGAAAGCUCUCAUCUAAAAUGUCAACUGUAAUUGAUGUGAUCAGCUGGUCUCCCUGGCCUUUGGAAAGACAGCCUCCCUAGCUCCACUAGGGAAAUGUUGACUGUAUUUGACUGUGAUCAGCGGUAUGCCAUAGACAUAGUGAUCAGCGGUAUACCAUAGACAUAGUGAUCAGCAGUGUGCCAUAGACAUAGUGAUCAGCAGUGUGCCAUAGACAUAGUGAUCAGCGGUAUGCCAUAGACAUAGUGAUCAGCGGUAUGCCAUACACUUUAUUUAACUAGGCAAGUCAGUUAAGAACAAAUUAUUAUUUUCAAUGACGUCCUAGGUUAACUGCCUUGUUCAGGGGCAGAACGACAGAUUUGUACCUUGUCAGCUCGGGGGAUAUGAACUUGCAACUUUUACGGUUGCUAGUCCAACGCUCUAACCACUAGGCCGCCUACUGCCGGCUAGUUGCUGACGACUUGACCCUGCAGUUCUGUAAUGGGGUUGUAUGAAGCCGGACACAACGACAAGCAUGAAACUGCCUCAAAACUACGUUUAGGUGCAGACUGUUAUUAUUACCCCAGACACUGUUUGGUUUGGACAUAUACCUCAGCUAAAUACGAAGUGGCUGUGCCAGUUGAGUUGUCGUAGGGAUGCUGUGCCAGUUGAAUUGUCGCAGGGAUGCUGUGCCAGUUAAAGUUGUCGUAGGGAUGCUGUGCCAGUUGAGUUGUCGUAGGGAUGCUGUGCCAGUUGAGUUGUCGUAGGGAUGCUGUGCCAGUUGGUAGGGAUGCUGUGCCAGUUGAAUUGCCAUAGGGAUGCUGUGCCAGUGGAGUUGUCGUAGGGAUGCUGUGCCAGUUGGUAGGGAUGCUGUGCCAGUUGAAUUGUCGUAGGGAUGCUGUGCCAGUUGAAUUGUCGUAGGGAUGCUGUGCCAGUUGGUAGGGAUGCUAUGCCAGUUGAGUUGUCGUAGGGAUGCUGUGCCAGUUGAUAGGGAUGCUGUGCCAGUUGGUAGGGAUGCUGUGCCAGUUGGUAGGGAUGCUGUGCCAGUUGAUAGGGAUGCUGUGCCAGUUGAGUUGUCGUAGGGAUGCUGUGCCAGUUGAUAGGGAUGCUGUGCCAGUUGGUAGGGAUGCUGUGCCAGUUGAUAGGGAUGCUGUGCCAGUUGAUAGGGAUGCUGUGCCAGUUGGUAGGGAUGCUGUGCCAGUUGGUAGGGAUGCUGUGCCAGUUGAUAGGGAUGCUGUGCCAGUUGAGUUGUCGUAGGGAUGCUGUGCCAGUUGAUAGGGAUGCUGUGCCAGUUGAGUUGUCGUAGGGAUGCUGUGCCAGUUGAUAGGGAUGCUGUGCCAGUUGGUAGGGAUGCUGUGCCAGUUGGUAGGGAUGCUGUGCCAGUUGAUAGGGAUGCUGUGCCAGUUGGUAGGGAUGCUGUGCCAGUUGAGUUGUCGUAGGGAUGCUUUUGCACUUUUGGACCAGAUGUGGUUUUGACACAUUUUAUUAGAAGUAUUGUGUUUUGUAGUUUUACAUUGAAUAAUCACUAUUAUGAAUCCAUGUUUAUAUAUUUACUGUAUGUUUAUACAUUUGUCAGUUUUAAAUGACUAGGUAACGCUUUUCUCCAGUAAAUUUAUAUCAGUUAAAAGUACUGUACGUAAUGGAUAUGGUAAAUGCUGAUAAGAGUGAAGUAAUAUUAUUUUAUUUACUAAAUGUAAAAACGUGCCUUUUGAUGUGACCACUAAAUCUGUAUUUUAAAUAAAGUAAUUUAGUCUUUCCACAAC